AUGGCAGCAGGAGCAGCAGCAGCAGCAGCAGCAAGCCGCCGCCAGGCAGCCAGUCGGCUGCGGCGGGGCCCUUUGGCACAAGGGGGAAAACCCGCAGACACAGAAAAGCCCAGCAGCAGCAAAAAGGCUGGCCACAGGACUGCAGCAAAAGGGGAAAAGAGUGAGCGGGCCACGAUCGGCAAAGAGCAGCAAGAAGCGUCAAGACUCCAGGAGGCUCUCCGCUGGGAGCAGCAGCAGCAGCAGCAGCAGCAGGGGUCGCAGCAGACGUGGGGAGCCGCCUGUGGCGCAGAAACGCCGGCGCCGCCGCCGCCUCCGCUGCUGCUGCUGCUGCUGCUGCUGCUGCGGGCGAUGUCGGCGGAGAGCAGCCGGAGCGAGCUGCGGCUGCUGCUGACAGCAGCAGACGGAACUUCUGUUGCUGCGCCCCACACUUUCUGCGGCCAGGGCCGCGCGGUGUAUGCAGACGGAGCUUCUUAUGAGGGGGCUUUUGUGUGGGGCCGCCGCGAGGGCUUUGGGGUGUACGUACACCCCAGCGGCGACAAGUACGAGGGCUUUUUCAAAGAAGGCAAAAAGCACGGAAGGGGGAAGAUCACUUUCCGAAACGGAGGCUUCUUCCACGGCGACUUCGUGUGCGGCCUAAGGGAAGGCGAGGGCACUCGGCGCUUUGCAAAUGGAGAUUUUUAUUUUGGGAAAUUCAAAAAUGGUCUUUACCAUGGCAGAGGCACUUAUACAUUUGGCCAAACCAAACAGAAACUGAAGGGCGAGUGGGUGGAGGGCCACAUGGUGGAGGGGGAGUGGCUGUGGCAAGAUGGCACAAAAUACAAAGGCACUUUUUGCUGCAGCAAACCCCAAGGGGAAGGCAGCUGGAGCUUCCCUGCGGGAACUGAGGUCGCAGGAGUCUACGUGCAGCGCGUGGUGCCUGUGGAGCCCGCAGCAGCAGCAGCAGCAGCAGCAGCAGCUGGAGAAGAAGACCCGCCACCUCUCCCGGUCAAAAAACAGCAGGUCUUCCUCUCCUGGCACACAGAACAAGUCCGCCCCAUUACCCAAAACUAA